AUGGCUACGUUUCUCAGAGAUAAAAAGGCUCUAGCAGCAGACGUCAUUGCGGUGCAAGAGCCGUGGAAGAACGAACUACAACACACAACCCACCAACCAGCAACUGCAUCAUUCCAAUUGCUGUACCCGACAGAAGGUGCAGUGCGAGAACAAAAUCAAGAUCAGCGCGAGGACCAGAAUCAGGAAUCAGAUCCUCCCCCACCGGGAGUGUGUCUGUUUGUAUCCAAAAAGCUUGACCCGAGCACUUGGUCAUGCCAACUCAUCUCCCAGGACUACCAGCUGCUGAAGCUCAGGAAGGUCUGCCGGGACAGAGACUGGACAGAUCUCUUCAUACACAACAUAUACAACAGGCCAGGCAGCAACACACUAGAGCAGCUGGGGUGUGAACUAUCACAACGUCCUUCUGGGGAACACGUUGUGUUAGGAGAUAUGAAUGCGUAUCACCCGGUAUGGGGAGGCGUAGGAACAAAAACUGACAGAGGAGCUGAGCAGCUUCUCGCAAUCACCAAUGAAUGGGGACUCGAAUUGACUACCGAAGAAGGCAAACCUACUUGGACUCGGAAUGAGCAGUCAUCAGUGAUUGAUCUCACAUUUAUCUCGUCAAGCCUGGUCAGCAGGCUGAUCCGAUGCGAAAGGGCGGACAACGUCGAGCAUUCCUCCGACCAUUUCCCGAUCAGGACGGUGCUUGACAUCAAAACUCCAGCUACUGUGCAGCAAAUACGAAGGAAUUGGAAAGCAACGGACAACAAGAGACUCGUCCAAAAUAUCGAGGAAAGUUUGCAGGCGAAGGAUUUGUCCCGGGCAGACGCACAGCAAAUAGAGGCUCAAUGCCAAGAACUACUGGAAAGUGUACAAUCAGCAGUUGAAGACUCAACACCAUGGGCGAAACCAUCGGCGUGGUCGAACCCCGACUUCGACGACGAGUGCAAGGCAGCAGUGAAAGAGGUCCGUCGUCUCCGCCGCAGACACACAAGAACGAAGGAUCCCUACGACUGGAUGCGCUACUCCCAAGCACGCAACAGAAAAACACGUCUGAUCAAAAAGACCCUGUCACGAGCACACCGGCGCCGCGUCCAGCAGGUCAUCGAGGAUGGGCCGCAAGGCAUGUGGCGACUAGCAAAAUGGGCUAGGAAUCGAGAUGGAGCCUACGAGAAGGGCAUCACGCCCUCGUUGAAGAUCCAAGACCCCCAAGCACCCGGAGCUAUCGCGGAAACAAUUAAGCAAAAAGCGGAAGCUUUUAGGACUGCCUUCUUCCCGCAACCACCACCAGCUGACCUAUCAGAUACGGAAUCAUUCCAAUACCCGCUACCGAUCGAGUUCCCACCCAUAACGGCUCGUGAGAUAGAAGAAGCAGUAAGGGGAGCGAAAGCAGGGAAAGCGCCAGGGGAGGACGGAAUGCCGAACUCUCUGUGGCAUAAACUCAUCGAAAUACCCGUUGUACUGGACGUGCUUACUCAACUGUUCAACGCCUGCAUACGCACCGGAUACAACCCAUCACAUUUCCAGCGCUCAAUCACAGUUGUCCUCAGAAAACAAGGCAAGAGCGACUAUCAACUCGCCAAAUCAUACAGACCGGUUGCACUACUCAACACGCUUGGGAAGUUCCUGGAGUCAAUUGUGGCACGAAGGAUCAGCUACGCAGUAGAAUCGGAGGCCUUGCUCCCCCGGACUCAUCUGGGUGGUCGACGAGGCAUAUCCACUGAUCAUGCCAUCCACAUCAUCAUUGACCGCAUCAAAACAUCAUGGGGCAGGGGCAAACCAGUCGUGUCUCUGUUAUUGCUCGAUGUCUCUGGGGCAUACGACAAUGUUUCCCACGCUCGCCUACUCCAUAAUCUCAAGAAACGACGCCUGGGACACUUUGUUCCCUGGGUGAAGGCCUUCUUGACCAACCGAAGCACGAGAAUCCGCAUGCCUGAAGGCAUGUCUGAGACAUUUCCAACGCCCACGGGCAUCCCCCAGGGGUCGCCAAUAUCACCCAUUCUUUAUCUGAUCUACAAUGCAGAUCUCAUUGAGAACUGCGGGACAGCCAUCACUAGCAAUGGCUGGGUAGACGAUGUCUGCUUUAUGGCGAAAGGAGACAGCGAGCGCGAGAAUAUUGAGAAGCUCAAGACCGCAUGUCGCAAAGCCGACCAGUGGGCCGAGAGACAUGCGUCAGUCUUCGACCCGAAAAAGUACGCUCUCAUCCACUUUGUGAACACCAAAGAGGUCGACCCACAAUACCUUUCACUACAUCUACGAGAACACACCGUACCAGCGACAAAGACAGCCGAGCGAUACCUAGGCUACUGGCUAGAUCCGAGUCUGGAGUUCCAUCACCAUCGUGAGAAAGCCGUGGCCAAAGCUAGCGUCUCUCUCAGAGCACUUAGGAGCUUGGCAGGUUCAACGUGGGGAGCCUCGCUAUAUGCCAUGCGCAGAAUCUAUCAAGCAGUGAUUAUACCGCAGAUGCUUUUUGGGGUCUCUGCAUGGUAUCAGCCUAUGCUCAUUAGCAAGUCCAAAGCUCAGGGAAUCUGUCGGCCUUUUGUGGCCAUUCAAAAACAAACAGCAUGUCUCAUUAGUGGGGCUUUCAGAACCACAUCAGCCGAGGCACUGAAUAUAGAGCUUCACCUACCACCCAUCUCGAUUCACAUGAAUCGACUGGUGAAAGAAACGGCUCUUCGACUACGAACAGGACCAGAACUCGGUAUACCGCCAACGAUAGUAAGACGUCGACCGGCACACGAAAGAGACUGGAGUGGGUGGACACCAAUGGAAGCGCAAGCCUGGAAGACGGGCGGAUGUCUGACGGCUCUCCCGGGAACUUUAGCGAGACACUGGGAGAGUCGAAAGGCAUUCGUCCUGGCACCUUGGCAAGCGCCACCGGAGGUGAUCAUUGACGACAGAAAGACCGCAGUGGAAUAUCAGGAACGGGUCAUGGUACAGACAUCAAAAGAGCGACCCUUGAUAAUAUACACCGACGGAAGUGGGAUCGAAGGAAGAAUGGGAGCAGCGGUAGUGGUUGACCUCGAAGAUCAUGUCGCCCACAGUCAAAUGGGCGACGAGAACACAACGACCGUGUACGCCGCAGAGCUACGUGCUAUCGAGAUGGCGCUGGACUCGGUCCUAAACAGUACCGAGCCCUGGGCUGCACAGGCAAGGAAUGGCCUAGUCAUCUUUGCAGACAGCCAAGCAGCACUGAAAGCGCUCCGCCGACCCCGUAUGCCUUCGGGUCAAGUCUACCUGAUUGGAUGUCUAGACCUCAUCCGCCAACUGGCGGAGCGGGGAAUCCGAACCGAACUUCGAUGGAUCCCAGCUCACCAAGGAGUGCUGGGCAACGAGACCGUAGACCAGCACGCAAAAGAGGCAGCCCAGAAACCCGAUGAUCCACAGAAUCCACACAAUCGAUAUAUCCGCCUCGCAGCCGCGACCAAGCGUCGAUUUCGCCAAGAGGCAAAGAUCGAGUGGGAGAGAGCAUGGGCAUCAGAGAAAACCGGUCGACCGACCAGAAGAUUGAUCGAGACACCGAGCAAGAAAACACUGGAAUACUGGUCGGGAUUACACAAAGCAACUGCAUCCGUCCUGAUGCAAUUGCGGACCGGGCGCAUCGGACUAAAUGCUUAUCUGGCUCGCAUCAAUCGGCGAGAGACCGCACGAUGCGAUUGCGACUUGGGCAACCAGACGGUGACACACGUCCUACUUGAGUGCCCGCUGCAUCAAGAGGAGCGCGACGAGAUGCGCAAUGCCCUGUCUGAGCAAGGCAUCACGCUCCGCCACGAAGAAUUGUUGACGCGCCUGGAGGCGCGCACAAUCGUGGCCGAGUACAUGAUCAGAACCGGUCUCCUAGGCCAGUUCCAGGGGCUGGAUCCAAUAGCUCUCGGGGCGGAGGAACUAGAGAAACAAUGA